AUGUCUCCUUCUCCGCAACUGGCCCCGCCGGGAUCCAGUACCUACUCGUCAAAUAUCUUAAACGUUGGGGAUGGAACAUGGGACUCCCAGCGGAAUACCUUCCUUUUACCCAAUUUGAUGGGCUUGAACUUUGAGGCUAUGAGAUAUAAUGGCAUGGGAAACAGAUUUCGAGAAAUGGCCGGUUACCAUUCAUUAAUUCGAGCACACGGCGUGAUAGCUGCCAUAACAUUCCUCUGCCUCAUUCCCACUGCCAUACUGAUGGCCAGAUUCUAUUCUCCAUCGCCUUACUGGGCCCUGAGAUAUCAUAUAUGGCUUCAUAUUCUUUCGUUGUUUUUAUCAACCGUCGUUUUCGCCCUGGGUUGGUUCGCUGUUGGGCCCAGAAGGAGUUUGACAAAUCCACAUCAUGGCAUUGGGUUGGCUAUAUAUGUUAUGAUCAUUGUGCAGACGUUCUGGGGUUGGUUUGUUCAUAAGCGCACAAAGAACAAGCGGUUAUACAAUAUUCCACUAAAGCUCAUGUUCCAUAAAUGGUUGGGUCGAGGCCUGGCUUUACUUGGAAUUGUCCAAAUCCCCCUUGGACUAACUCUUUACGGAUCGCCACUGGCACUUUUCGUUCUCUAUGCCCUCGCUAUAUUUACUCUCGUUGUAAUUUAUUUCGUCCUCACCUACCUCCAUGAACGCCGAAUGGGUGCAGACUACGACAGCCGGGGAAGUUACAUGUCAGGUCCGGAAGUCGUUGAAGAUGGACAUGGUCACAACAACUUAGGCCGUCUUGCGACUGCUGGGGCUGCCGGAGCAGGCCUUGCCAUGCUAGGAAGGCGAAUGAGAAGGCAAUCCGGGAGCGGAACAUCUGUAGAUGAAUCAGACGUAACGCCUCGGCCACACCAUGAAGACGAAAAACAUGAUAACCGGGGGAGAGGAUGGGGGAAACGAUUUGUCCAAAUAAGGGCUUUAGCAGGGGCUGCGGGGUUGGCAAAAAGAUAUUUUGACAAACGCCGUGACCGAGAGAGCGAUACAGAGUCGGGAAGAUAUGGACCUGCUGAUGGACACGGUCAUGGUCACGGUCAUGGACACCAUGACAGCUUGUACGAUGAUUCUUUAAUCCACACAGAGGAAGGAAGACCACCACCCAGCCAUCCACGGCCAUACGACAGACCUCCUGGCCGCCUGCCAAGCCCGGAAUACACGGACAGCGGGUACAUGUAUGGCAGUGAAUCGCACCAUGGGAGCAGGAACGCUCUUUUUGGCGCUGGUGCAUUUGCUGCAUUGAGAGGACUAUUCAAGAGCAGGGAGAGAAGAGAACAGGACCGUGUCCACGAACUGCGACGGCAGGAUAUUGAAAAUGAGCGAAGGGCAAGACAGAGCGUGAAACACCGGAGAUUUACGGGAGAUGGCCAGCCACCCCGCAGAACAGGGCGGAGAGGUUCAUUUAGCACAGAGAUGACAGAAAGCACAGAUCCGCACGUCGCGCCACCACCGGACGAUAUCCGUCCCAUCCCACCCAGCCACCAAACCACCCCAGGACCCGACACUGCCACUUCAAUCGGCGGAAGACGCCCCACGGAUGCGGCAGCUGCAGUAACAGCCAACUCCAGCCGUCGCCGCCGCAGCGGCGGCGGCCGCGAGAAACCCCUUCGACUCCAAACCCGUCUCCUUCAAAGGUCAAAUUCCAAAACGAUCAAGGAACGUCGCGGUGCCGUUGGCGCCGUCUGA